UUCACAGAUCGCUGCUUCUUCUUCUUCUUCCGUCGGCGAUCGUCUUCACUUCCUCUCCAAUCGGCUUCCGGCUUCCUCCUGCAUCCUGAAAAUCCCUAUGGCGGCGGCGCUCGUCGGCGGAGCAUUUCUCUCGGCUUUCCUCCAGGUGCUCUUCGACCGGAUGGCCUCCCGCGAGGUCGUUGACUUCUUCCAGUCUCGCAAGCUCGGCAAGGGGAGGCUGCUGCAGAAGCUGAAGGCCGCGCUCCUGUCCGCGAACGCCGUGCUGGACGACGCGGAGGAGAAGCAGAUGACCAACGACCACGUCAGGGAGUGGCUCGACGAGCUCAAGGACGCCGUGUACGACGCCGACGACCUGUUCGACGAGAUCGCCACUGAAGAUCUGAAGCGCGAAGCCGGGGUCAAGCCUCGGGCUCUCGUUUCUAAGGUCUGGAGAUUUGCUGCAGACGCUCGUAGGAGUAAAUUGGGGGAUGAGUUAGAGAGGGUUCUGGCGAGAUUGGAGAGCGUAGUGAAGCAGAGAGAAGUGCUGGGCCUAAGGGAAGGUAUUCGCGAGAGGACGCCUAGAGCUUUGCCGACCACUUCGUUGGUCGAGGAAUCGAGCGUCUUCGGGAGGGAGAAGGACAGGAAGGCGGUGAUCGAGUUGCUCUUGUCGGAUCGGGGCGAAAGGAACACCAGCGUGAUGGCCAUAGUUGGGAUGGGCGGUGUUGGCAAGACCACGCUAUCGCAGCUCGUGUUCAACGAUGGUGUGGUGAAAGGGAGUUUCGAGUUGAGGGCGUGGGUUUCCGUGUCCGACCAAUUCGACAUCUGCAAGCUGACGGCCACGGCUCUCGAGGAGUUCUCCUCCUCGUCUAAGAAGGAGACCGAAAAUCUCAACCAGCUUCAGCUCCUGCUGAAGAACUUAUUGACAGGGAAAAAGUUUCUAUUGGUGUUGGAUGAUGUUUGGAAUGAGGACUAAUAUUGGAAUGCGUUCCUAGUUCCUUUUACCUAUGGAGCAAAAGGCAGCAAAAUCAUCGUGACGACACGAAAUGAAAGCGUCGCAUCGGUUGCUUGUGCCGUCUCGACAUACCCUUUACAGAAGUUGCAAGACGAGGAAUGUUGGGACUUGUUCGCAAAACAUGCGUUUGACCAGCAUAACUUCGAGGCGCGCACGAGACUCGAAGAAAUCGGCCAAAGAAUUGUAAAGAGAUGUGAUGGAUUGCCUCUUGCGCUGAAGACUAUAGGUAGCUUGUUACGCUGUGAGUCUGGUAUCAGGAAGUGGGAAAUAAUUGCAGAGAGUGACAUUUGGGAUUUGCCACCUGGAAAGAAUGAAAUUCUCCCUGCGCUGUUGUUAAGUUAUCAUUACCUUCCUCCACAACUGAAACGAUGUUUAGCCUAUUGUUCAGUCUUCCCAAAGGAUUGUAUAUAUGAGAAGGACCAGCUGAUCUUACUUUGGAUUACUGAGGGCAUGCUAAAACAACCUAACGACAGCAGGACAUUAGAGGAAGUAGGUGAUCAGUGCUUCUCUGAUCUCGUGUCUAGAUCUUUGCUUCAUAGAGUAAGUGAUGUCCAAUCGAGCUUCCUGGAAGUAAGCGAUGUCGAAUCGAGCUUUUCGAUGCAUGACCUGGUCAAUGACUUAGCAAGAUAUGUAGCUGGUCGAUCUUUUUUUAGCUUGGACGGAGGCAAUGCACACCAGGUGUCCUCAAGCACUCGCCAUUUGUCAUUUGUAAGAACUCGAUAUGAUGUCGCUAUGAAGAGCUUUGUAUUACAAAUUGCCCCCGCUUGA